AAACAAAAACUCCACAGUCCACAACGACCCUUAUCCCACGAAGUUGCAGAGCUCUCCGAAGCUCGAAGAAGAUGACCCAAGGACUUCUCCAAUGGAGUCCUUGCCACCACUCUCUCUCCCUCCUCCCCAUCUCCAUCCCCACAACCAAACACACCCACCUCCCUCUCUCAAUCUCCGCCACUCUAGAAUCUUCCACCCAACAACAGCAGCAGCAGCAGCUCUCCGCCAGAGAGAGAAGGCAGCUCAGAAACGAGAGGAGAGAGAGCAAAGCCGGCACCAGCUGGAAAGAAAAGGUCGAGGAGAAGCUUCUGGAGAAGCCCACCCAGAAAUUCGCUCACUGGAAAGAAGAGCUGAACAUCAACAACCUCGCUCGCGAGGGCCCACAGUGGUGGAUCGUUCGAGUUUCUAGAGUCAAGGGCCAGGAGACCGCUCAGUUAAUCGCUCGGUUGCUCGCUAGGAACUACCCACAUAUGGAUUUCAAGGUUUAUGCUCCAACGAUACCGGGGAGGAGGAAAUUGAAGAAUGGUACCUACUCGGUUAAAGCAAAGCCACUGUUUCCGGGGUGUGUUUUUUUUAGGUGUGUGUUGGACAAGGAGAUACAUGAUUUCGUGACGGAGUUGGAUGGAGUUGGAGGCUUUAUUGGUGCCAAGGUUGGAAAUACGAAGAGACAGAUCAACAGACCCAGGCCAGUAUCUGAGUUUGACAUGGAAGCUAUCUUUGCAAAGGCAAAGGAAGAACAAGAAAAAGCUGAACUAGCUUUUCAACAAGAGCAGCAACUCAGCUCUGGGCUGAAUAUUGAUGAUCUGAAUUCUAGUGAUGCUGCAAAAUCUGCUGGAGAUGCUAAAUCCAAAGGGAGAUCCAGAAAAGCUUCUGAUCCUCUGAUAAAUGGUUCAUCUAAGGCAAAGGAUAAGAAACUUGUCCUAGGUUCUACUGUUCGAGUUGUAUCUGGGACUUUUGCUGAAUAUGAAGGCUGCCUGAAGAAGCUGAACCGCAGAACCAAAAAGGCAACCGUGGCAUUUACGUUAUUUGGGAAAGAAAGCUUAGUAGAUUUAGAUGUCAGUGAAAUUGUUUCAGAGACCUUGUAAAUAUCAGUAAUAUUAAUCAAUAUUAAGAGGCUCAUCAUCAUAAUACGCUGAAUUACAAACCCAGGAAGAUGACAAUAUCUCUGCAUUAUUGGCUACUAUACUGUGGGGGUUCUUCUGCAAUAUUAUCUUAAUGAGCUGCUUCUUAUUUAAUAUAUAUGAAUCAUUUCUACCCGAAAUGGCGAAAUGAUAGUCCUUGCUUAUCUAUUUGUAAAAACCUAGAAGCACAAAGCAAAACCAAUUGAAUUUGUCCACACAUAUAAUACAGGAUAUGUGAAUACAUUUCACUUUUUUUCUUUU